AUGCAAACUGGCACGUUGUUUCUCGUGAUCUUGGCAAUCACUGCAAGUGCGCAUGUGGCAGAGGCGAGACCUCAAAUCUCAGAUGACGAUGGAGUUAAUGUGUGCAUAAUACCACUAAUAACGACUUCGGAAACCAAAGAAACAAUUUACGCCAUAUAUGUAAGGAUGUCGAACCUGAAACAUAUCCUAGUUUGUGUAUGUUUGGUUAUGAUACCCCAGUUUAUCCAAAGUCAGACCUUUGGUGACGAGGAACUCCUUCCAGAUGAAACUUCACCCCUCGGUCCAAACGAAUUUCCUUCACUACAGAACAAUGUAUGCGGAGAUAUAUUGUUCAUCUUUGAUACGUCAUGUUCUAUCUCUAUGGAAGAAAGGGUUAGAGCUAAAUGGCACGCAGUGAACCUUUUAAGGAGCCUUAACAUUGCGGAACGUAAUGGGCAGUUGGACGUACGCGUGGGAGCUUUAAGCUUCAGCAAGUGGACUAACAUACACUUUAAUCUAGGAGAUUACACAACGAAAGCGGAGAUUGAAUUCGCACUUGCUAACAUGAACAUGACGGAUUAUGGGUGCCGCACCCAUACUCACAAAGCUAUAAACUCUAUCUUUACAAACUUCUUCGGAACGGACGGUACGUUCCCUGCUGACCGUCCCGAUGGAAACUACCCUGAUAUGGUAGUUUACUAUGGAGAUGGGGUGUCAUACAAUGAGAGAAUCUUAUCAAAGGUUGAGGACUCAAUCCAAUUAUUACACAGUGUACCCAAUCUGUUGGUCUAUAUGGUUUUACUCCAAAACCAAUACGGCAAUGUAGCUCGAAUGGAUGAACUCUUAGGCAUCCCAUCUCCGAAUAUUAUUCCCGGCCGCAAUCUUUUAUCAAUGAACAGCGGAGAGAGUUUGAAUACUCUGUCGCAAUUGAUCAGUCAGGAUUUUAGGUGCAAACCGACGCUUCCAGAUCCAAUAGCGAACGACCCAGGGAAUAUUUGUGUUGAUAUCGUAUUUGGGUUUGACACCAGUUGCAGUAUACGGGAUGGAGACAAAGAAUUAGCAAGAGAGUUGGCGAAGGAGAUAGUGCGGCAGGUGAAAUCGGGAACUACCCAUAUUAGCGCAUUUACAUUUGACGAAGACGUAUAUCCUGCAUUUUACCCCGCACAUUUCGGAGACAACAAUGGAGCAGAAAUAAUACUUCAAGCCCUUGAUAAUUUAGAUAUGAGCAAGAAAGUGUGUAAAACGAAUACCCCUAAAGUGUUUGAGCAAAUGGACAACUUUUACUUCGUGGAUAAUGUAGAGCUUGGUGAUCGGCCCGAUAAUGAAUAUCCCGAUUUGGCUAUUAUCUUUUACGAUGGUAUGACGUCACCAGGCAGGUUAAGCAUACGUACGAUCGACAGAGCAGCAGCUCUAAAGGAAAAAGGUGUCGAUAUUUUGUUAAUAAAACUCUGGAAUAACCGAGAUAAAGACGGCAGCAAUGAAUUUAAAUUUCUACCUUCGUCCCCAGAUUUCCUUAUUCCUGGCGUCCAACAGGGUUUCCUGACGCAACAAAGUUUUCAGUUGGCGGUCAACAAUGUCUUGUCUUUAUUGGACAAAACAUACACAUGCAGCGCGUAAAAUAACAUAUAUUGUGUAUAAAACUAAAGUAAAUAAAUAACCUAAAUAACUACUACAAAUAGCAUGUUUCAUACAAA